GCAUACCCUUCUUCUCAUCUCUCUCGAUCGAUCGAUAUCUUGCUUCUCUGUUAAUUAACCAGCGCCAUGCAUGGCAUCUCCUGCUUUCUUGCUUCUCCUCUUUUGCUUCUCGUAUUGGAUUUUUUGCCUAAUCAACUCACUUGUGUCAGUAAAACUAACUUGCUCGACUAAUCCUGCAAAGGCAUGUUCGUUGAUACUCUUCUUCAUGCAUCUUCAGUCCAAAUUACUAUCUGAAUUAAUCCCCCAAAAGAAAAAAUAAAUCUCUCGACACUUUUUUUUCUGGUUUCUUAUCGAUGUUCUUGGAAUGCAUGACGCGUCAUCUGCAGGCCAGAUAAAGUUAUCUGCUAUAUUACUGUAUUGCGCUAAUCAUCAAUCUGUGCUGCUGCAACCUAUUACAAUUACACUCAGGCAUCCGUAUGUUUUUUUUGUUUGUCCUUUUGUAUUAUCUAAUACUUGUCCCCUAGGUGCGGUGCCUACAUGCGUGGAUGAAAUGAAUAACAAAUCAUGCCUGAUUUGAGAAUAAUUGUUUGGCCUUCACCAGUUUGAGAUUCCUUCUCGUAUCAUACCAUAUAUCCCCCCUCUGCUGAAUGAAAUGUACCAUAAUUUUUGUUCUGCAUAUGUACCUUUCGAUAAUCACUACCGUGUUAUCUGUAUGUGAUACUCUGAUUUGUAAAUCCAACAAACUAAUGUUCAUGUCUCCAACUGUUUCUUUAUGCUCCUUAAUUGAUUUGAAGGGGACUGCUACUGCUACAACUGUUCCAUUGCAAGAAGAAGAAACAGCUUCUGAUCACCAUCGGAAGCAGCCACAUCUCUCCAUCGACAUGCCACCAACAGCAACAGCAAACAUGUCUGAAAGCAGCCUCUGCACACCUACAACUGCAGAAGCAGAUAUCACACCGACACCACCCAAAGGACCCAGCUUGGCACCUGCUGGUUCUUGUUCCAGCAGGAGCACAAUUGCUGCCCCAAAGCCUCAGCGCUCGCCAUCCUUCAUGCUGAGGCAGACUGUCAAGAGCCUCUUGCCAGUAGGAAGCUUCAAAUCAUCAGUCAAGUUCUUCAACGCCAAGAUUUCGAGGACAUCGUCGCUCCCGGUGACCGAUGUUUCGCAGGAAGCCGAUAAAACUUCAACCACUUCUGCUGUUGACAAAGCAGGUCACAUAUACCGGUCACAGUCACUUCCCAUGAACAUGAAGAAAUUCAAUGCAAAGAGUUUCAAGAGGAUGAAUUCACUCGGUGGCGUGUACCGCGUAAUUCCUUCAACGCCAGCAGUCCCCAUGACAACCAAUGUCAUCCCAGAUAUAGUGCCUACUGAACCAGGUGAGCUUGGUGAGGCUGGAGAGGACAUACCGGAGGAAGAGGCGGUAUGCAGGAUCUGCAUGGUUGAGCUGUCUGAAGGGAGUACAGACACUCUGAAACUGGAGUGUUCAUGCAAGGGUGAGCUUGCUCUAGCUCACAAGCACUGUGCCAUGAAAUGGUUCACCAUGAAGGGAACCAGGACAUGUGAGGUGUGCAAGGAGGAGGUUCAGAACCUUCCUGUCACUCUUGUACGUGUUCAGAGCAUGCAGGGUGAGACCAGCCAUGUCCCUGCCAACAGAUCAAGAUACGAUCGCUUCAGAAUGUGGCAGGGAGCACCAAUCCUUGUGAUCGUCAGCAUCCUCGCCUACUUCUGCUUCUUGGAACAAUUGCUGGUUGCUCGUAAUGGUAUUGCAGCUCUGGCAAUAUCGCUGCCCUUCUCAUGCAUCCUUGGCCUCUUCUCCUCCUUAACCACAACAAGCAUGGUGGCAAGAAGAUAUGUGUGGAUCUAUGCGACAAUUCAGUUUCUGUUCGUCGUCUUCUUCACCCAUCUCUUCUACAGAUAUCUUCAUUUGCAAGCCGUGAUAUCGAUCAUCCUGGCCACCUUUGCCGGCUUCGGAGUAGGGAUGACCGGCAACUCCAUCAUCGUCGAGAUUAUACGGUGGAGGGCAGCACGGGCGCCGGCGCCGGCGGCUCAGAACCCACGCCGUCGUCCUGGUGGUCGCAGGAGCCACGCAGCAGCAGCACAGCAACCAGCAGAAGCUGCCAACAACGAGCAGCAGCGAAAUGCCGGCACCGACGUUGAGAACCCUGCACCCGUUCUUGGAGCCGGAGGAGCGUAGUAGACAGGUCACAGGUAACUCCGGUUCAGAUGAUAAUGGUGAUCCGUGGCCUGAGAUGGAGGUUGGGGCAUUAUAUUGCUAUGACAUAUGGGAUACGCUUGCUGUAUAAAUUAAAUUUAUUUAUGGUCCAACAAACUAGGCAUGGAGUUGAUUUUUUUUUGGUCAGGUGGAUGCACAAUCCAGUUCGAUCGAUCUUGUCUCCAUUUUAUAUUUCUUUUCUUUUUUUAUUUGUUUAAGCUUAUGUGAAAGAAUACAGUAUAUGAUGAAUGUGUACAAAGUCGAGUGAAGUAUGUCAGACAUGUAUAUCUGCUUGAAAUCUAGCCUGCAGUAUAUAAAAAUUGUUGCCGGC